AUGGACACUAAUGUGGACACGUUACUGGACGCAGUUGGCGACUUCGGCGUCUACCAGAAGAUCAUGUUCGCCCUGCUAUGCAUUCCGGCAUGCAUUUCUGGCGGUUGGACAGCUUUCAGCCAUGUGUUCAUCGUUGCCAGUCCGAGACAUGUGUGCAAAUCAUGGUUUUCGGACGUCCUGUCAUGCUACCAGCAACCUGUCGGCCGGAACGAGUCCUUAUGGAACGAUACCAUUGGAUUGACAGCAUGCGAGUACGACUUGGUGUGCGAAAGAAGCGAAUGGCCGGCGAUGAUCGGCAUGGCAUACUACGCAGGCAGUUUCUGCGGUAACAUACUGUUCGGCUUGAUCGCAGACAAGUAUGGAAGGAAAAAAUGCCUGCUGACAAUCCUGCUCAACCACAUCAUCUCAAACGUUGCUUCCAUAUUUGCGCCAAACGUGUACGUUUAUGCCGCGCUGCGGUUCCUGGUCGGAGCUACUCAUGACGCUUUUUACGGCAUCCCGUUUAUUUUGAGUAAGCAGCACAGAGAAAGUAUGAGGAAGUUUGACUCUGGUGCCCGUAUCAUGGCAGAUUACUUGCCAAUGCGAUUACAUGCCAUGGCCAUAUGUUUUUUAACGACUUAUGUACUCAACUCGAACUUAAGGUUGUUGCCCGAAUCUCCAAGAUGGCUCAUUACGUGCGGCAAAAGCGCCGAGGCGGCGAAGCUACUGACAAAAAUAGCCGGAAACGUUGAUACUACGGGGAAACCAGUAAAGUGGCGAUUUUCAGACUGCUUUCAGCUGUUUCGACGACCUAACAUGCGAAUCAAAACGCUGCUGAUUACCUACAUAUGGUUUAUGAACGACCUCGUAUAUAGCGGAAUGAUGUAUAACAUCCCGAACCUCCAACUGGACAACUAUCUUACAUUCUCUUUGAAUGGCCUCGUCGAAAUACCGGCGUACUUUGUCAGCUGGGCCCUGGUUAACCGACUUGGAAGAAGGAAACCGCUCUGCGCCAUGCUGACACUAACAGCUGUCGCCUGCUUUAUAGCCAUUUGCUUACCUGAAGGUUACACGUGGACGGUCAUGCACGGCGUACUAGCAGUCCUUGCCAGGUUCUUCGUCUCGAUUUCUUUUGCAACAAUUUGCGUCUUCUUCAAUGAACUUUAUCCUACAAGUUUACGAGGCAUUGGAAUGGGACUGACAACGAUGGUCACCAGCGUCGGAAUGAUCUUUGCACCAUACAUGGUCCAUUACCAUCGCAUACUGCCGCUGCUGUUAAUGGGGCUGUUUUCGGCUUCCGCCUCCAUCCUAGCUCCGAUACUACCGGAAACGGCUCACAUAGAGCUUCCUCAGACCGUCGAAGACGCCGAACAUCUGCCGGUUAAAUGCUACAUCUGUACCACGACUGGAAGACGAGAACAAAUGCAGCAGUUUACUGAUCAAAAACCGACAGCUUAG